AUGGAAAUCGAUGCCAUGCAAUCCAAAUAUAUGAACCGUAAUAGUAGUUCAGGACGUCGUAAUUACAACAACUCAGAACGUUGGGAUUACAAUAACAGCAAACGUCGUAAUUUCAACAAGUCCAACUCAAAUAACGAUUAUUGGAAAAAUCGCCUCGAAAGCUUAUGUAGAGAUAAAGGAUUAUGUUAUGAAUGUGGUGAUUCAGGACACUACGCUUCUAAAUGUCCGAAGAGUCAAAAGAGAAACGCGAGUCACGUAGAAUUUGCCUACGCUGAUCCUGAAGAAUUAGGAAAAUUUGAACAAUAUUAUAACGAAGACGAGGAAGAAGUGUUUUACGAUGCUAACUCGCAAUUACCAGCUACAAACGACACAAAAGCUGAAGGAAUAGAAACCGGUACAGAUGAACAACUCAGUACGGCAGGAAUAGAAAAAGACACGAAUCCAAUCGUAGAAAUAGACGAUAGGGAUGAAGUUAUGGACAGAAUGAGAGAAAGACUCAAAGAAAGAAAAAACUCUCGUAUAUACCCCUUAAUUAUGAAAACUCCUAAAAUUGGAAGGAGGAGGGAAGUAGAAUUGUUAUUGAACGAUGCAACACUAGCAACGGUCCUGAUGGAUACAGGAGCCCCAACAAGUGUAAUUAGCCGAAAUCUAGUAGAGAUAAUUGGAUUAGAAGUUUCCAAAGCGCCCUUUCAGAGUAUAAGUGGAGCGAUUAAAGGAACCAAAGAAGGUACGAACAAAGCUACAACAGUACGUUUUACAAUUAACGACAAAGAAUAUAAAAUAGAUGCGUAUAUUUUAGACACAAUUAACAACAAGGUUAUUGUCGGAAACCCCAUACUUGAAACAAACCCUGAACUGUUGAACAUAGAAACCGAGGACAAAGAACAGUUGAACGAGUUAUUAGAGGUAACGAUUGAAACAAAGGAAAAUAAAACAUGGAACUUUAUUCCAGAAUGGCUCAGGAACAAGUUUAGAGAUAUUGUAGGUACUAAAUUAUUACCUGAAACACAUAAAUUGGUAAAUGUACACCAUGAAAUAAUACUAAAGGAUCCCGAGAGACUUCCAAAAAUGCAACCUUACAGAAGUACACCCAAGCUUGAAGAAGAAGCAAGGAAAAUGGUUGAUAGCUUAUUGUCAGAUGGAUACAUAGAAGAAUCCAAAGCCCCAAUAGCUUCACCCAUAAUCAUGGUAAAGAAGAAAUCUGGAGAUUACAGAUUAUGUGUUGACUACAGAAUGUUGAAUAAAAAUACAGAACCAGACUUGUUUCCCCUACCAUUAUUAGACACUAUAUUUGCCAAACUAGGAUCUUCAAAAAUAUUCACAACCUUAGAUCUAUUAAAUGGAUAUUACCAAAUUCCAAUGAAAAAGGAACACAAACCCUUGACUAGUUUUGUCACCCCAUUUGGAAAGUAUCAAUUUACUGUUAUGCCUUUUGGUUUACGAAAUGCACCUUCAACAUUUGCAAGAUUAAUGAGUGACAUAUUCAGAGAUUUAAAAUUUGUUUGUAUUUAUUUAGAUGAUAUUCUAAUACACAGUGAUAAUACAGAAGAACAUUGGAAACACUUAGAAACAGUAUUACAAAGACUAAAAGAUCAUGGUUUAGUUGCAAAAAGAUCAAAAUGUUAUUUUGCACAAAGAAAAGUAGUAUUUUUAGGACACGAAAUUAGUAGUGAUGGUAUCAGACCAUUACAAGGAAAAACCGAUGCUAUUAAGAACUUAAUAGUUACCCAAGAUAUUAAGAGUGUUCAGAGAUUCUUAGGAAUGAUUAAUUUUUACAGAAGGUUUAUACCACGAUGUAGUCAUAUAGCUAAGCCACUAGUUGAAUUUACAGCAAAGAAGACUGAAUGGUCAGACGAACAAACACAAAGCGUUGAAACUUUAAAGAAAGCACUAGGCUCACCACCAAUAUUAGUCCCGUAUACACCCAAAUGUUACAUGAGACUAACUACCGAUGCCUCGUAUGAUGGACUUGGAGCUGUAUUAGAAAAAUUAGAAAACAACAAGCUAAUUGGAGUUAUUGGAUACUUCAGUAAAAGCUUACAAGGUGCACAAAAGAAUUACCCACCUGGAGAAUUAGAAUUAUUAGCAAUAAUUGAAGCACUAAAUCAUUUCCGAUAUUUACUACAUGGAAACCAUUUUGAAUUAAGAACAGACCAUAUUUCACUUUUAUCAUUACAAAAUAAGAAAGAACCGUCAAGAAGAAUUUCCCGCUGGUUAGACCCGCUAAGUGAAUACGACUUCACUUUGACAUACCUAAAAGGUACAAUGAAUCAUAUUGCUGACACACUAUCGCGAGACAGUAAAAGCUUAGAAGUAGAUACCAUUGAUGCAAAAUCAUGGCUUGAACUUUAUGAGAAUGACCCCUGGUCUGAAGAAAUAGAAUAUAGAGAUGUCUUGCACAAUAUGUUAGUUGGCAAUAUAACUGUUAACGAUGGUAGUUCUGGUAAUAUAGAAUAUUAUACAGAGGCUCCAUACGGAGCGACCCUUAAUAUCUCAAUGCUUUCCUUGGAUAAUCAUGAUGUGGUUGAGGAUGCUACAAAAUUGUAUCAAUAUGCCGUGGAUGAUGAAAAAUGGGGUGACGCACUUUUUUUCCAAAAUUUCAUUUACUACAAUGGCCAGAAUUAUAACUAUACAGAUUUUCCAGACUUUUUGUUAGAUCUUUACAAAAUUGCCAACGGGAAUUUCACUCUUUAUUCCAUAUGGUCAAAUACAUCUACUGAUCCAACUCUAGCUGAGUUUUAUUUAAGAGCCAAAGAUUUUGUUCCUAACAUUGUUUAUAAUACCUUUAUUAUUAGUGAUAGUUCUUCUGCAAUCUGA